AAGGGAGACGAGCAAGCGACAAUGAAACUGCCUAUCCCGCUGGACUUGCCGAGAGAAGAACUGGAGGAACUGGUGGACAAAGCAAAGGAUUGGGCGCUUAUGAACGGGAUAUGCUUGAGGUCGAAAAAUAAUUUUGACCGAGACGUCCUGCAGUUCGCACCGUUCGCGCUUCUCCCGUCGCCGUUCCCGCGAGAGGAGUUCCACAACGCCUGCGAUAUCCAGAUAAUUUUGAACACGCUCGUACACAGGGUGGCUCACGAUUAUGACUUUUUAAAGGACACCUUGCAAGAGACCGUAAAGGUGGACGACUUUACGCGAAAGCUGUUCGAUAUCUAUGACGUCGUUCACAAGGAGGGGGCCGCUCAGAAAGUGUCCCUCGGCAUGUUGCGCUCGGAUCUCAUGCUGGACACGAGUUGUCCCAGGAAAGACACAAGGGCGCUCAAGUCUCACUGCUGCUGGAAGCAAGUCGAGAUAAAUACAAUUGCCUCUGGAUUCGGCUGGCUAGGACCCGCGUCUACGCAGCUACAUAAGUUCGUCCUGCAGGAACUCGGCUACGCGGCCGAGCUGAAAAAUCUUCCGGAAAAUAACGCUCUACAAGCACUGUGUUCGGGUUUGAUAGAAGCGUGGAAUCUGUACGGCGACUCGCAAGCAGUUAUUUUGUUUGUUAUCGAAGAUGUUACGUACAAUAUUUGCGACCAGCGUUUUCACGAGUACGAAAUACGAAGGCAGAAUCCGAAUGUAAAAGUAGUUCGGAGAAAUCUGACGCAAUUGGCGGCCACCACGAGACUGGGCUCCAAUAUGGAGCUAGUAGUGGACAAUUACGUCGUGGCAGUGGUUUACUAUAGAUGCGGCUACGAGCCUGGCCAGUAUCACAGCCAAAAAGAGUGGGACGCGAGGUUGCUGAUCGAGAGGUCAUUGGCAAUCAAAUGUCCGAGCAUUCAAUAUCACUUAGCCGGCACAAAGAAAGUUCAACAAACUCUCGCGAAGCCCGGCAUGGUCGCACGUUUCUUAAAGGAUGAGAAGACGGUGGCGAAAGUCAAAGAAGUAUUCACUGGUCUUUAUCCACUCAACUUUGACGAGUAUGGAAAUGCCGCUGUAGAAAUGGGUAUCUCGGAGCCUCAGCGUUUCGUGUUAAAGCCACAGAGAGAAGGCGGUUGUAAUAACUUGUACGGGACGGACAUCAAAGAUUUUCUCGAGUCCGUGAAGUCUAAAGAGACGCGAGUAGCCUGGAUUCUUAUGGAUCGGAUUUAUCCACCGGUGCACAGAAAUUACAUUGUGAAAUAUGGAAACGGAAAUAAGAAUUUAGAGACGAAAGAGCUAGUCUCGGAGUUAGGCAUAUUCGGCGUUAUUAUUGGAGACGAUAAGAAUAUUAUGGUGAACAAACAAGCUGGUCACAUGUUGAGAACAAAGCUGUCCACUGAUAAUGAAGGCGGAGUAGCGUCCGGGCUAGCCUUGCCUGAUGUUAUACAUGCGGUGGCCAAGUACGAAGUAGGGCAUGAACCACGGGAGAUCUUUUUCUUCCGAGAAGGUAGCAUUGUUAUGUGGAAUAUUUCUGAUCUCGAGUGCGGCAACCUGAUGCAAUUUUUGAGACGUUACGAGGAAAAUCGUUACAUGGAAGAGCUGGUUCAUAGCGAAAGCGAGUUAAUGAAUUAUACUUACGCGGAUUCCGGGAAAAAGAGCCACUUGAAGGAUGGCGAUAUUAUCCUGGCACAAGAAGCUGGCAAUCUGGACAAGUACACGUUCUCCAAUGCCAUGGCGCAAUCUGUCAAGUUAGGCAUAUGGGAGGCAUCGUUAAAUCGCUAUGUCGACUCGAUCGAAUUCGUCACAGAAGACCUAAAAGUUGGCAAGCAGAUUCGAAUGACGCAGCACGAAGUGUUGAGAAAACAGGGCGAAUUAUUCUCCCUCAGACAUCGAAUCAACCUAACGUCGGAUCUAUUGGACACACCUGAUUUCUACUGGGAACGAGACGACUUGGAAAACUUGUAUCAACGAAUCUGCGGAUACUUUAGUAUCGCAAAACGUACAAGGGUGAUGAAUGAGAGAUUAAAUCACUGCUUGGAACUAGUGAGCAUUUUAUCGUCACACUUGAGCGAUCGUCAUCACGUUCGUUUGGAGUGGAUGAUUAUCAUACUUAUUAUGGUGGAGGUAGCUUUCGAAGUUUUGCAUUACAUCGAUCGGUACCUCGUGAAAUAGCAACCUAGUAAUAGAUAAUUUACAUUUACACACAAAAAAAACCAAAUGACAUGUAUGUACAUACAAGUACAUUUACACAAAAAUAUAUUAUGUAUAUACUAUAUUUUCUAAAUAUAUUAUACAUUAUUGCUGUAUUCUGGUCUAAAAAUAUCGCCUCAUCGAGUUGUACAAUUUGUGCUUUAAUUAUGACUCAAUUGCUCCAAUCUUUCACGGCAAUACUGAUCCCUCUGUCAAUUUAAACAGUUUACCUAUUUUUACGAAAUAAAAUAUUUCACUAGAGCAA